UUACUUAAAAUUUUGGUUUUCGCUCCAGCAUUUUUGAAAACCAAAUUUAGCAUGAGCCCGAAUGUCAUAUCCGUUCCGGAGAGGGGGCCUUAUUGUAGGUAUCCGUCAUAUACGAUUGAUGACGAUGGUCAUUUUUUCAUAAUGUCACCCAAAGUUGUGCAACAAACUGAUAGACAACCUCUAGCUCGAAGAACUCUAGCAGAUCUGGUCCCUAAAACCUUACACUACAGUCAUCCCAAGGAAAUUGCUCCACCAAACCCAGAUCUACCACCACAAAUAAGAUAUGAGGCAUUGUUCAUCAAUAGAAGAGUUUAUGGCAUUGACAAAUAG